UGUAAUGGCCGAAAUUGUCCGCGAUAUUGUGUAAUAAGGGGCAGAGUUACGCAAUCUGAGGAUGAAAAUGUGUGCCUGGUCUGGGUGAUGAUGAGAUCUAAGUCGUUACGCAAUGUUUUAAACAAAAGAUGGGCUACUGCGUGAUUGAUCAAUCAUCGAGAUGCAACGGCCCAGCGCAGCGUUUUUUAGUUCUUGGUGCUUUCUAAAGACAACUUUGUUAUGAAUGGAUUAAGCGACCAUCAGCGGAUUAAUGCAUCUCAUCAUCAGCAAAUCCACAGUGCAAAAGAAAAGCAGGCACCAAAGUGUAAGGCAUUCAAGCUUCUUUCUGACCCAUGCAUCAUCCAAGGAGCAGGGAAGGUGUACAGGUACGAUGGCAGGGUACCCAACGACGCCACGUACCCGACGGUACAGGUGCGCGACCCACGGCCGCCGCUCACGCGCAUCUGGUCCCGCAUGGAGGUGGUCGAGCUCUCCGUGCCCAAGUUCAAGAUCGACGCCAACUACGUGGGUGCGCCACCACCGCUGGAGGUAUCGGUCACCAACAUCAACGACAACAUCGAUAAGACGUUCCUAGCGGAAAUGGUGCAUAAAUGCGGCGAAAUUGAAGAGCUGGCGAUCUUCUAUCAUCCAAGGACCAACAAGCACCUAGGCAUUGCGCAGCUCGUAUUUCGCCACGUGCAGGGGGCGAGAGCUUGCGUGGAGAAAUUCAAUCACACGUCCGUCAUGGGCAACGUGUUGAGUGUGUUCCUUGAUCCGUUCGGGGCCAAGGUGCGCCAGAUGUACACGGACCUGCUUGAGGACCGGCCGGUGCCUCGAGAGGAGCCGCCGCCUGCGCACGAGGACCCACUGGCCGUCUGGACGGAGCCGGAGCGCGCCGACUCCGGCUCGGAGGUGGACUCGGACGUCUCGUCCGACGACGCGACGCCCGAACCGCUGAGCGUCACGCCGUCGCCGUUCGUGUCGCGCGAGCGCUAUCUCCAGAGCCACCAGCUGUACCCGUACCCGCCGCCGCCCGGGUACCAGGUGUACGGACCGCCGGCGCCGGCGUCCGCGCCAGAGCCCGGCUACGACGACGUGCUGCCGGCAGAGGCAGAACAGCUCACACCCGACCGGGUGGCCCAGCAUUCCUUAGACCAAGUAGUGAAAGAGUUGAAACAGAUACUUAAGAAAGACUUUAAUAAGAGGAUGAUUGAGAACACUGCGUACAAGCAAUUCGAGAAAUGGUGGGACGACCAAGCCGAACAGCACAAGGCGCGGGGCGAAGAGAACCGGACGCAGGGCGGCUCGGCCCUGCCUGUCAAGCGCUCCGACCUCAGCUCGCUGCUGGAGAACAAUCGCGGCUCGCUCUCCGGCGCCGGCUACGGCCUCGGCUUCCGCAUGUCACUGCCUAAGAUGCCCUCCUUCAGGAGGAAGCCGACGCGUCCGUCGCCGCCGCCCGAGCCGGCGGCGCCGCGCGGCUUCGGCAAGCGUGACGUGAUGUCCGAGAUGGCGCUGCUGUACGAGUUCCUGACGCGCGGCCUGUCGCUCGAGGACAUCGACUACCUGCACCGGUGCUAUGAGGGCCUGCUGGGCGACGACCAGAACAGCUACUGGCUGAACGACACGCACUGGGUGGACCACGCGGCCACCGACCGGCCGGAGAAGCGGCGGCGGCUCAACGAACCGGCCGUGCACCGCUCUGGCUGCGCGCGCACCGAGGGCUACUACAAAGUCACGCAGAAGGACAAGAUGAACCACAAGUACCACUUCGGCCGGACGGUGGCGGAGACGGCGGUGGCGGCGCUCGCCGACGGCCGUGAUCAGGGCUCGACGGUGCCCGACCAGCGCUCCAAGGCCGUCACGGCCGCCGCCAUCUCCCGGGAGGCUCGCAACAACCAGCGACGCAUCCUCACCGUGCUCGGCGGCGAGACCGAGAGUGAGCUGCUCAAGCUCAACCAGCUCAAGUUCCGCAAGAAGCAGCUCAAGUUUGGCAAGUCGGCCAUCCACGACUGGGGCCUGUUCGCGCUGGAGCCGAUCGCCGCCGACGAGAUGGUGAUCGAGUACGUGGGCCAGCACGUGCGCCAGUCAGUCGCCGACCAGCGUGAGCUGGUGUACGAGCGCCAGGGUAUUGGCAGCAGCUACCUCUUCAGGAUCGACCGCGACAACAUCAUCGACGCCACCAAGUGUGGCAACCUGGCCCGCUUCAUCAACCACAGCUGCACGCCCAACUGCUAUGCCAAGAUCGUCUCGGUCGAGGGCCAGAAGAAGAUCGUGAUCUACUCGAAACAGCCCAUUGGCGUCAACGAGGAGAUCACGUACGACUACAAGUUCCCGUAUGAGGAGGUCAAGAUCCCGUGCCUGUGCGGCACGCCCCAGUGUCGCGGCUAUCUGAACUGAGCGGGCGCCGGAGGCGGCCGGUGCCAGCGCAGCGGUCGGCGGCGGCGCCCCCGACGCGUUCUCCGGU